AUGGAAAGACUCCAAGUAGGAGAGCAAAAAAUCACCCAAGGAAUCAAGGUGGAAAAGCAGGAUUUGGCAGGUGCCAAAUCAGGGGAGGGGCCAGAGAAAGACUUUCGCAUCAUACAGGUUGAGGCUAGCGGAGAACUUCUGGCUGAAGCUGUCACGCAUGAGAUUAAGCAAGAACCUCAGGAAGAGUUGCGUCACUCUUGGGAAGCCCGAGGGCAGGAGCUGCCAAAGGGGACACAGUCUCCUCAGCGAGGAUGGGAAAACCCACAGCCAUCUCAGCUCCAAUCAGAGAACACCAAGAAGUUCUCCUUCAAAGGAUCAGGUAAUGCUGAGCGGUGGCCUCAUGGGGAGUGGGGGACCCCAACACCCUCAGCCCAAGAAGUAGAAUCCCACCAGGCUAACGUAGCACCAAUCAAGACUACAGAUGAGGAUGCUAUUGGUUUGGAGAUCUGGCGCUGGCGCUUCAGGCACUUCUGCUACUGGGAGGCCAAGGGACCUCGAGAGGCCUUCAGCCACCUCUGGGAGCUCUGCUGUCAAUGGCUGAAGCCCGAGAGACACACCAAGGAAGAGAUUUUAGAGCUGCUGAUCCUGGAGCAGUUCCUGACUGUCCUGCCCCAGGAAAUGCAAAUCUGGGUGAGUGAACGCAGGCCAGAGACCUGCAGCCAGGCGGUGGCCCUAGCAGAGGACUUCUUGUUGAUGCUGAAGGAGUCCGAGAGCCACAAAGAGCAGGCCCCAAGGAUACCUGGAAGAGAGCCAUCAGAAAUGGUAAAGAGUCAGCUCUCCAAGGAACCCAUGCUGGAGGUCAAUGGAGAGACCACCUUUCCUGCAGAUGAUUGGCAAGUAAUUGUAAAAGAGGAAGAGGCAGAUAUUCAGCUGGAAGGACCGAAAGAAGUGGGCACACCUGGAGCAUUAUGGGAAGUUAAAGAAGGGAAGUUUUUCCAAGUUCCUGAGAGGCAGCCGAUAUGCAAUAGUUUCCCUGGCCCUGAAAAUUACCAGGGGAACCAUCCCUGGAAGACAACAGAGCAAACUUUUCUUGGUGAGGGAACUGGGAAAAAUUUGCAUGAAAGGACCUUGCAUGAAGGAGUAUGCAGACGUAAGAGGAAAAAGGCAGGUGCUGAUUGUGGGAAAAGUCUCUGCCAGAGUUUGAACAUUCUUGAAUAUCAGCAAAGUCAAACAGGAGAAAGACCAUACAAAUCCCCUGAAUGGGGCAAGAGCUUUAAGCUUAAACUGCAUCUUAAUAUGUGUGAAAGAACGCACACCAGAGGGACACCCUCCAUAUGGUCAGACUUUGGGAAAAGGUUCCCUCAGCCUCAUGAAGUUUCUAGUCCUCAGGAGAUCCACACAAAAGCAAAUCAGCAUAUAUGUUCCGAGUGCGGGAGAACUUUUAGCAGGCAAUCCCACCUCUUGAUACAUCAGAGAAUGCAUACUGGAGAAAAACCUUACACAUGCUCAGAAUGUGGGAAAAGCUUCAGUUACAGCUCAGUCCUUACAGAACAUGAAAGAAUUCACACGGGGGAGAAGCCCUACGAGUGUUCAGACUGUGGGCAAAGCUUCAGCCGCAGAUCAUAUCUCAUUCAGCAUGAAAGAACCCACACCGGAGUGAAACCGUAUGCAUGCACAGAGUGUCAGAAAUGUUUCACCCGUCGCAGUGGUCUUCUUCGUCAUCAGAAACUCCACAUGGCCAAGAAGCCAUGCUGA